UGGAAGCUGCAGCACACAGAAGGUUUCCUGCUGCUAAAUAUCUCCCAGCGUUUAAUGUGGAUGAAGAUGUUCAACAUGGACUUUCAAAACUUAACUCGGCCUGAAUGAAGUUCAGGUGAAUGGAUGGAUCUUAAGACAGGAAUUUAUGCAAUAUGGAGAUGUUCGCCCGGCGGUGCUUUGUGUUGGUACUUCUGGAAGGAACCUUCUGUUUGUUGGUUCUUGGGCAACAUUAUGACAAAUUUACCUUCAGCAAGAAAGCAUCACCUGAACUCAUCAGAGACUCUUCUUCACAGAGAGACUCUGCGCUGCAGACUGGGGGUUUGAUUCAGAACACCAAACUCCGCAUCAGCCCUUUAAUUCCUCUUGCAAAGCAGGGACUUCUGCAAAUACUUGGAGGAAACUCCCAGUCACACUCCAACCCGUCCCUAAAGAUAAAGCUCCGUCCCAUCAUGAAGGUCCAUGGAGCAUCUCAAUUCUCCAGGACGUUCAGCUGGGGGGACUUUUACUCAAACAUCAAAACCGUCAAACUGAAUUUGCUGAUAAUGGGCAAGAUCGUGGAUCACGGGAACGGCUCUCUGGGAGUCUACUUCCGCCACAACUCCACAGGUGUGGGCAACGUGUCCGUCAGCCUCGUCCCGCCCGUGAAAGAGGUGGAGUUUGAUCUGGAGCGCCAAAGCGUGGUCAACCCCAAAGACUCGAAGACGUUCAACUGCAGAGUGGACUACGAGAAGACGGAGCGCAACAAAAAGGUGAUGCUGUGUAACUACGACCCGUCCAAGACCUGCGCUCAGGAGCAGACGCAGAGCCACGUCACCUGGAUGUGCUCCAAACCCUUCCAGGUCAUCUGCAUCUAUGUGUCCUUCUACAGCACAGACUACAGACUGGUGCAAAAAGUGUGUCCAGACUACAGCUACCAGAAUCCAGGAGCCUACCUGCCCACAGGUUAACCAGAGGUCAAGGACACGAGGGGAGAAUGAUGUGUCAAUCAAUCCAGUGUGAGCAGCUUAAAGCAAAGUUUUAGCAUUUCUCAAAGGAAUGUUUGUCUUACAAUUAACCUUCAAAGUAUGUUUUAGUGCAAUAUCUUACUUGUUGUAGACUACAAGCGUUGUAUUAGAUUGUUUGUAUGAAAUCCAUAUAAUUAGGAAAGAAAACAUUAUUUUCUGUAUCGAUCGAUGUGACAAUUCUGUUUUACGAUACUAAUCAAUCAAUCGUUUGGCUUUAUGACAGAAAGUUGUGAAAAGUGCUCAUCACAACCUUUACGCUCACAUAAAACGAAUAAGAGCAGAUGAGAGGAGCUACGUAGUACUCAGGAUGUUCUUCUUUUUUAUAAGACGUUCUCAUGAAAGCUGAAAAUCUGCUGAAACUAGACAAUAGCGAGUUUUAUGGUUUGUAAGGGCUAAUAUAUAGUUUUAGUUUGUAACACCUAAGAGAUAAGACUAUAUAUAUAUACUGCAUAUAUUAGGAUAUACCAUGCAAAUCUCUUAUUUUACAUUUAUCUUGUACACUUCUGCCAUGUCAUCCUUUCUCUCUCUCGUGUAUUUUCGUUACACUCUUUGCUGUGUGUUGUCCAAUAAAAAACUAAUACGAUUAAAAACUAAAACCGACACAAAGUAUUUUAAAGCAAUCUGUGGCCACUGAAGAUUGAACAAAACAUCCGUUUAAAA